AUUCGGGGUUGGGUUAUGCUAUGGAAAUAUCAGGCAAGUAUGAGACGUAGUAUGCUCACCAACGUCUUGUAAGUCAACCCAAAACUGCCGUUAAAGAUUUGGCGGAAACUUCAAACCAUCAUUAAAUAGGAAUCUCAUAAUACGAAUAACGAUAUGUUUCCUCGUAACUUGAAAAUAGUAGAUACCCCUUUACUAGGCCUAUUUCCGAUGAUUCGGACGGUCGGUAGAUCUCGGGGGAAUGGCCCGAACGGAGUGAUACUUGACGGUAACUGAUGGUCCGCGGAUGUAGCCACACUCUGUUCACUUCGGCCUUAUUUUCGUUUUCUACGGAUUGGAUCCCCUUUUUCAAUUUUACUCAUAAUAACACCCAGAUCCUCGUAUUUAGACUCUCUUAAUUCGGCAUACUUUCAAGACCACGAAGUCAAUAUCGAAGACCGUAACUUGUUAACAUCUUAACAAGUACUUAUUCACCCUCGUAGCAAGUUGGUUUCCCCUAUCUCAACUAGUCAGUUCAAGCAUAGCUCUGAGCACGACUUUCAAAAUGUCAACUACGGCUUCAAAGGCGAAAUCUCAUGAAGUUGUUGGUUGGGAGAGCCCCAGCGACCCAGCGAACCCCAGAAACUGGAACAAGGCGACGAAAUUGACACAUGUUGCUCUUAUCAGUGUUUUCACUCUAUACGCGAACCUUGCGGCAUUGAUGUUCGCUCCAGGAGCUCAGCACCUGGUCGCUGAGUUUGGCAUCACCAGCUCGUUCGUGGCCACAUUAACCGUCUCCAUUUACAUUCUAGGAUAUGUGUUCGGCCCCUUCCUUCUUGCUUCCAUGUCCGAGAUUUAUGGUCGCUUACCGAUCUACCACAUCUGCAACACCGUGUACAUAGGCUUCACCAUCGGCUGUGCACUUAGCACCAACAGCACCAUGUUUCUGGUGUUCCGCUUCAUUUGCGGAUUCACUGCUUCAGGUCCAAUGGUGGUUGGAGGAGGUACCGUCGCCGACCCCUAUGAUGUCGAAGAGCGCGGAAAAGCGAUUGCGAUGUUUGGGCUUGGUCCACUUCUAGGUCCGGUCAUUGGCCCGGUCAUUGGUGGCUUCGUCGCCGAGUAUCUUGGCUGGCGCUGGACUUUUUGGUUAAUUCUCAUAAUAGCUGGAGUAGUCUCUUUGCUUGCAGUACCCCUAAUGUGGGAGACCUUUGAGCCGGUCCUCCUGAAGCGUAGAGCCGCAAGGUUACGCAAGUCGACCAAUAACCCGAAUUUCCAUGCUCGGUUUGACAACAAAAAUCUAACCCCGAGGCAGAGCCUCGCACGCGCUAUAGUACGGCCGAUUAAACUGCUAUUCCUCUCACUCAUAGUCUUCCUUCUAUCCAUCUACGGCGCUUUCAUGUUUGGGCUGGCCUAUAUCCUCUUCACUACCUUCCCUGCUGUAUUUGAAAAGCAAUACGACUUUGGUCCAGGCAUCUCAGGACUUUUAUACCUCGGACUUGGAGUUGGCAUGAUCAUUAGCAUCGGUCUCUUUGGCAUGCUAAGCGACAAGCUCCUUCACCAGCCACGUGGAGGAGCUGUUGCACGGCCUGAGCUCCGCCUUAUCCUGAUGAUAUGGUCUUCCCCCGUCGUUCCUAUUGGCUUCUUCUGGUACGGCUGGAGUGCACGGUGCUAUAACCACUGGAUUGUUCCCAUACUGGGGACAUUGGUAAUUGGCCUCGGGUCUCUCCUUAUCUUGCUGCCGGGGCAGCUGUAUCUCGUGGAUGCUUUCGGGCCUGAGUCAGCCGCUUCGGUUCUAGCGGUAAAUACCGUUCUGCGUAGUCUCUUCGGGGCAUUCUUACCUCUUACGGGGCCACCAUUGUACGCUUCUUUAGGUCUCGGUUGGGGAAACAGUGUGCUGGCUUUCUUUGCUUUAGCUUUCGUGCCCGUUCCAUUCCUCUUUUAUAAGUAUGGGGAAAGGUUGAGAGCGAAGUUUCCAGUUGAAUUAUAAUAACUCAAGAUUGUAUUAAGAUUGGGAGCUGAAAACCAGACUAAUUAGACAUAAUGCCGACUCCCCAAUUUCAUCUUCUUAGAUCUUCGAUCUACUAGUCAUCAUGCAUCUAAGUCGCAUCUCUAAGCUUCCUUUUCUCUUUUUAUAAUGCCAUAGUAUCUACAACUUUUCAUAGGUAGUAUUAAUAGAAUGACCGUCUC